AUGAGUGGUUCUCUCUACUAUGGACUGAGGAGGAGGAGGGAGAGAAAAAAUAUAGAGGAAGAAAGAGAUGUCCUAAAAAAAGGAAGAAAAGGAAGGGGGGGGGGGGGGGGUUUUUNUGCAUAUAGUACAGGGUCGAAAGUAGCAGGCACUAGUCAUCUGAAACGCCAUAUUGCCAAAGGAACCUGCCCAGUAGUCUUGCGCAACCAGCAGAAUGAUCAAUUGACCCCUUAUAGUGCUCCUUCAAAGAUGAGUGGAUAUGGGGGUAGUAAUGGUACACCUAAACGACGUUAUCGAACUGCUUCUACUCCUUAUCUUGCUUUUGAUCCAGACCGGUGCCGCCAGGAGAUCUCCAGGAUGAUCAUCAUGCACGACUAUCCCCUUCACAUGGUUGAGCAUCCAGGCUUUCUUACUUUUGUCCAGCAUCUUCAACCUCGGUUUGAUAUGGUGAGCUUCAACACUGUCCAAGGAGAUUGUGUGGCAACUUAUCUUAGAGAGAAGCAAGCGAUUCAGAAAGUGAUUGAGAGAGUACCUGGGCGGAUCUGCUUAACACUAGACAUGUGGUCCUCCCAUCACACUGUGGGUUAUGUGUUCAUAACUGGGCAGUAUAUUGAUAGUGAGUGGAAAAUUCACAGGAAAAUACUCAAUGUCAUAAUGGAACCAUAUCCAGAUUCUGACACGGCUUUCAGCCAUGCAGUUGCCGCUUGCCUUUCUGACUGGAGUAUGGAGGGGAAGUUAUUUUCUGUCACUAUUAAUCAACCAAUCAGUGAUGCAGCUGUUGAUAAUCUUAGAGCUUUACUCUCAGUGAAGAACCCUCUUGUGCUAAAUGGUCAGCUGUUGGUUGGAAAUUGUCUUGCUCGAACUUUGAGCAGCAUUGCCCAAGAUGCAUUUUAUUUUUUGCAUGGAACUGUUAAGAAAGUAAGAUAUAGCGUAAAAUAUGUGAAAACAUCAGAAUCUCACGAGGAAAAGUUUAUUGAGCUCAAACAGCAGCUUCAGGUGCCAAGCACAAAGACGUUGGCGCUUGAUGACCGAACACAGUGGAACACAACAUAUGAGAUGUUGUUGGCUGCAUCAGAGCUGAAGGAAGUAUUUUCAUGCUUGGAUACAUCUGAUCCUGAUUACAAGGAUGCCCCAUCAGUUGAAGAUUGGAAGCAAGUUGAGAUUCUGUGUACUUACUUGAAAAUCCUCUUUGACACUGCCAAUCUUCUGACUGCACCAACAAUUCCAACAACCAAUACAUUCUUCCAUGAAGCGUGGAAGAUUCAAUUGGAACUGGCUCGUGCUGCAGCAAGUGAAGAUCCAUCCAUCAGCAGCCUUACCAAAACUAUGCAAGAGAAAUUCGAUAAAUACUGGAAGACUUGUUGUCUGAUGUUAGCUAUUGCCGUAGUAAUGGAUCCACGCUUCAAAAUGAAGCUCGUUGAAUUCAGUUUUACGAAAAUAUAUGGUGAAGAAGCUGCUACCUAUGUGAAGAUUGUUGAGGAGGGAAUCCACGAGCUCUUCCUUGAAUAUGUGGCACUUCCUCUGCCUCUGACCCCAACUUAUGCUGAAGACGCAAAUGGUGGGGCUAUGAAGCAGGAGAAUGCCCAAGGCGUCGGUGCCUCUAGUAAUGGAGCCGGACUUACAGAUUUUGAUGCCUACAUUAUGGAGACCACAAGUCAGCAGUCAAGGUCUGAACUUGAUCAAUAUUUGGAGGAGUCCUUGUUGCCUCGUGUUCACGAGUUUGAUGUUGUGGGGUGGUGGAAACUGAACAGAAUGAAGUACCCAACUCUAUCAAUAAUGGCUCGUGAUAUAUUGUCAGUUCCAGUUUCUACUAUAACAGCUGACUCUGUAUUUAGCACAGUAAGCAAAGAGAUGGAUCGUUACAGGUGUUCCUUGCGACCUGAGACAGUGGAAGCGCUCAUCUGUGCCAAGGAUUGGCUUCAGAAUGCAUCGGUAAAUACUUUACACGCACCACUAAAAAUGGAAGUCCCGAUUUAGGAGGUUGCUGUAAUGUUUGAGUAGAUGUCUAGAAUGGUAUUUUGUAGCUGACUUUAUUUCCUUUUAGAUUGUAAAAUUUCUCUCUUUUCUGUUGUCGUCUGAGGGUUGAGUUUCUUGUAUCAUAAUUCUGAACCAUUAAGCUCUUUACUUGAGAAAUCUAUUCGACAUGUUAAAAAUCUCCCUUUUCAUUUCACAUUUGUAUAUGAAUGCGUGAAGCAGCUUAGUUGGUGCA